UCCAUUUCCACCUCCAAUAUCCCUUCCACACCUUCUCUUUGCUUCUCUCUCUAAAAAAGUCAGCGCUUUGGUUUCUCUCUCUAAAAAACCCUGCAACAAGUCAAACAAUGGAGGUUGAUUGGGACUUGCAUGCGGUGGUCAGAGCCUGCUGCUCCACCACCACCACCACUUCCUCAACGGCGGCAACCACCACCACCAGCACCGGAACACCUCUUGCAUGGCCUGAACAUGCUUACACUCACCAAAGUAUAACCUUUCAUGAUGAGAAUAUUAUGGGUUUUUUCCCAGAUCCAUUUCAAACUAGAAAUGACAACAGUAUUGAACAGUUUUUAAACAAUCAUAACACCCCCCUAGAGUUUCAAAAGUUACAGAAGCCACCUCAGUCUCCACAGAGUUUGCCAAUCUCACCCCUCUCUGUUAUUGGAGGAUUACAAGAUCCACCCCUCAACCAUCAUCUUUACAACCAGCAGGAGCAGCAGAAACAACAGGGAAAACAACAAUCUUUUGGUUUAUCUAGAUGUACAACUUCUAAUGCACAGAGUACAAGGUCCAAAAAAAGGAAAAAUCAAAUGAAAAGGGUUUGUCAAGUUCCUGCUGAGGGAUUAUCUUCUGAUGUGUGGUCUUGGAGGAAAUAUGGUCAAAAACCCAUUAAAGGUUCUCCAUACCCAAGAGGAUAUUACAGAUGCAGCACUUCAAAGGGUUGUUUAGCCCGAAAACAAGUGGAGCGAAAUAGAUCCGACCCGGAUAUGUUCAUAGUCACCUACACCGGCGACCACAGCCACCCAGUUCCAACUCACCGGAAUUCAUUAGCCGGAAGCACCAGAAACAAACCCACCACCUCCGGCGGCGACGACACCACAACAAACAAACCCGUUUCAUCUCCGCCGGUUUCUCCGCCGACCAGCCACUCUCCGGCGACAGAAAAAACGGAGGAUAACGACAAUGAGAACGACAACGACAGCGAUGACGGCAACAACUUCGAUAUGGUAAUGGACGAAGACUUUUUCGAAGGAUUAGAUGAGAUUGUCGGAGUUAACUCCGUCGUUAUUCCGGCGAUAUCACCGUGGUUAUCAACCAAUGUAGCCACCACAAGCACCACCGCAGCUGGUGGAAGUUGACUUUGACAUUUUUUUAAAAGAGUGACGUAGGCAUGACGGAAGGAUACGCGUUUCUUCCUGCCGACUUUUUUAAUUGUUCAUGGCGUUUAUUUUUGUUUUUUUCUUUUACUUUUUACUUUUUUUUAGAGAGAGAGAGAGAGUAAAAAUAGGCUUUUGCAAAGAUAGUCUUGGAAGCAUAAAACGGGUUGUACGCUAUGCAUUGAGAAGUGUACAUUGGGUUGGCAAAUGUUUGUUGUUUCUUUAGGCAAAUGGGUAUCAAACCCUUUUGUGGGUUGAUGAAGAAUCUUGUCUAGUUACAAAGAACUUUUGUACAUGGUAGAAGAGUAUGAUUCUUUCAUAAUGAAGAAGAGUAUUGAAGAAAAAAGAUUUUGAUUGAUUCC